UUUGUUACUUUUGUAUAGUGCAGCUGGAUAUCCAAAAAUAGCUGUUCUGAUGAAAGCCUCUGUGUUCUAAAAUUAGUCUUGUUUAAUUGUUGAAAACAAAACUCCUAAGAAAAAGGAAACCAACAAUAAGAAAAAAGAAAAUGCUCCCAAUUUCUUGUUCCAACAGGGAAGGGGUUGUUUGGUCCUUACCCUCAAUUUCUCCAUCAUCUUCUUCAUUGCCAACCCCUCUUCCUCCUCCUCCUCUGAAUCGCUGCUUCUGCAAUUUUCUUCCCUUUGAUCACAAGUAACCAUACAUUUCCCUUUUAUUUUGGCUAUGAUUUUCUGCGGGAGAAUGCACCAGAGUCUUGUCGGGUUGUUCCUCGUCUCUCUCGGGAUUCUAGGUUCCCUUGCCCAUUCAAAGACCAAUUCUCAGGAUGUUUCUGCUCUCAAUGUAAUGUUUACCGGCUUAAAUUCUCCGUCUACACUCAGCGGCUGGAAAUCAAGUGGCGGUGACCCUUGCGGUGGUUCUUGGGAAGGGAUUACUUGCUCAGGCUCAUCCGUGACUCAAAUAAAGUUAUCUGGCCUUGGACUAACCGGCUCAAUGGGGUAUCAGUUGUCAAACUUGAAAUCUGUCACCUACUUUGAUAUGAGCAAGAACAACCUCAAAAAUGACAUACCGUAUCAGCUUCCUCCUAAUAUAGUUCACUUAGAUCUUUCUAACAACGGCUUCAGCGGAAAUGUACCUUACUCAAUAUCGCAGAUGACUGACCUUAAUUACGUAGAUCUUGGACAUAAUAAACUAAAUGGACAGUUGAGUGACAUGUUUCAAAAACUCACAAAACUCAAAUCACUGGAUUUAUCCUACAACUCUUUAACUGGCAAUUUGCCGCAGAGUUUUGCAUCUCUUUCAAGCCUCAGCGAAUUGCGUUUGCAAAAUAAUCAACUCACUGGUCCCAUAAAUGUCCUUGCGGGCCUUCCCCUUGAUACUCUAAAUGUCGAAAACAACGAUUUCUCUGGAUGGGUCCCUGAUGAGCUGGAAGGCAUUGCGAACAUAGAUACCGGAGGGAAUUCUUGGUCAUCGGGAUCAGCUCCUCCUCCUCCACCUGGUGCAAAAGCUAUUACAGCAAAACGUAAGAACCAGGACAAAGGUGGGAAGGGUGGCAUGAGUGGGUUGUCUAUAGGUCUAAUAGUUUUGGCUUCUGUGGUGGUAGUUGUGCUCCUGAUUACUCUAUUUUCAACCAGAAAAUCAACUCCACCUUCACAUUUUCUUGAUGAAGAGAGGGCUAGCCAUCGUAGAGCAUUUACUCCCCUUGCAUCUCAGGAAUUGACCAAUGACUAUCAUGGUGCUAUGCGCAAAGAAUUUAGAGAAUCUGAGUCAUUUGAUUCAAUCAAGAUUGAUGUCAAGACAAUGCAAAAAUCUCCUUCGAUCGGUUACAAUCCUCCACAUUCUGACUUUUCACAAUCACUAAAUGACAAUGAAUUUGCAAGCCGUCUGAAUUCCAGAAGAAGCUCCUCCUUUCAUGCUGUAUCUUAUCCUUUGGCAGACUUGCAGACAGCUACUGGUAAUUUUGCAAUGGGCCGUCUUCUUGGGGAGGGAACAAUUGGUCGUGUUUAUAGGGCCAAAUAUCCUGAUGGGAAGGUUUUAGCUGUGAAAAAGAUUGAUUCAUCGCUUUUUCAAAGUGGGAGACAAGAAGACUUUACAGACAUUGUUGCCAGCAUCUCAAAAGUUCACCAUCCGAAUAUUGCAGAACUUGUUGGUUCUUGUUCAGAACUAGGUCACAACAUGUUAAUAUAUGAGUAUUUCCGGAACGGCUCACUUCACGACUUCCUUCACAUGUCAGAUGACUACAGCAAGCCACUAACAUGGAACACCAGAGUCAGAAUUGCAUUAGGCACAGCCCGGGCUGUAGAGUACCUCCAUGAAGUUUGUUCUCCAUCUUUUGUCCACAAGAAUAUCAAGUCAUCGAAUAUAUUGCUCGACCUUGAGCUCAAUCCUCGUCUUUCAGACUAUGGCUUGGCAAAUUUUCAUAAUCGCUUAAGCCAAAACCUCGGUGUAGGAUACAGUGCGCCGGAGUGUACAAUUCCUUCAGGAUAUACUCUAAAGAGUGACAUUUACAGCUUUGGAGUGGUUAUGCUGGAGUUACUGACUGGUCGAAUGCCUUUUGAUACCUCAAAACCAAGAUCAGAACAAUGCUUAGCUCGUUGGGCUACUCCACAACUUCAUGACAUAGAUGCAUUAGCAAAAAUGGUGGAUCCCGCAUUACGUGGACUAUACCCUACCAAGUCGCUCUCUCGAUUUGCUGAUAUCAUUGCCCUCUGUGUACAGUCGGAGCCAGAAUUCCGGCCGCCAAUGUCAGAGGUGGUGCAAGCAUUGGUCCGCUUAGUCCAACGUUCUAGUAUGAACUUGAGAGAUGAUCUUACAGCUUCUCGGCGGACAGACGACUCGGAAUACUAGUACUGUGCGUGUAUAUAUAUAUGAUGGGGAAUGAAGUAAAAAAAUUGAUUGUGAAUGAUAAAAGGUGAAUUAAAAAAGCUGUGGUGCAGGAUUAGGAUCUGGUGUUAGGGAUUUUAGAAAAUAUAAAUUGUUGUCUUUCAAGAACAUUCAAUAGACAUGAGUCAUGGUUUAUCACAUUAGCAAAAGGCUGUCUAUCAAUUUGGAAGAAGCUCAUAUUCAGGGUUAAAAUUUCUUGCGAUUGCUAAAUUAUAUUUUUUAUAUUUCGGUUACCAUCAUUUUUCUUAUA